GAGGCGGGACAUCCGCUGUGGUGUGCUCCUGGAUGUAGAUCAGCUGCUGUGACUGUCGCCCUGGUUUAGGUGUCUUGUUUUCCCGGUUCCUCCUUCACCAUGCUCGGUACAGACAAGCUGCCCAUCGAGGAGACGCUGGAGGAUAGUCCUCAGACCCGCUCUCUCCUAGGAGUUUUUGAGGAAGAUGUAGCUGCUAUCUCCAGUUACUGCAGUCAGCUCUAUCAUGCCAUGCGUAGGAUUUACGAUGCCCAGAAUGAAUUAAGUGCAGCCACUCACUUGACAUCCAAACUUCUGAAAGAGUAUGAGAAGCAGAGGUUUCCACUGGGGGGCGAUGAUGAAGUGAUGACUUCAACCUUGCAACAGUUUUCAAAAGUGAUUGAUGAACUGAGCUCCUGCCAUGCGGUCCUAUCUACACAGCUGGCUGACGCCAUGAUGUUUCCUAUUAGCCAGUUUAAAGAGAGGGAUUUAAAAGAAAUCCUGACUUUAAAGGAGAUUUUCCAGAUUUCCAGCAAUGAUCACGAUGUAGCAAUCAACAGAUACAGCCGGCUGUCCAAAAAGAGGGAGAAUGAGAAGACCAAGUUUGAAGCCACAGAAGAUGUUUACACGGCCAGGAAGAAGCAGCAUCAGACCAUGAUGCAUUAUUUCUGUGCGCUGAACACUAUACAAUACAAGAAGAAAAUUGCAAUUUUGGAGCCACUCUUGGGAUACAUGCAAGCUCAGAUGAGUUUUUUCAAGAUGGGCUCGGAGAACCUCAAUGGUCAGUUGGAGGAAUUCAUGUCAAACAUUGCAACGAGUGUCCAGAACGUACGUAGGGAAAUGGACAGUGAUGUAGAGACUAUGCAGCAAACCAUCCAGGACAUGGAGGUGGCAAGUGAACCUUUGUAUUUGCCUGACCCAGACCCAAAGAAGCUUCCUGUCAAUCGCAAUUUAACAAGGAAAGCUGGCUACCUCAACAUACGCAAUAAGACGGGGCUGGUGUCCUCCACUUGGGAGCGACAUUAUUUCUUUACUCAGGGAGGUAAUCUUAUGAGCCAGGCGAGGGGAGACGUGGCUGGUGGUCUGGUGAUGGACAUAGACAACUGCUCCGUGAUGGCUGUGGACUCCGAAGACCGAAGAUACUGCUUCCAGAUCACUUCCUUUGAUGGAAAAAAGUCUGUAAUUCUGCAAGCAGAGAGCAGGAAGGACAGUGAAGAGUGGAUAUCUACAAUAAAUAACAUUUCCAAACGUAUAUAUCUAACAGAGAAUCCUGAGGAAACUGCAGCUCGAGUAAACCAGUCCGCCAUAGAAGCAGUGACUCCAUCUCCAUCUUUCCAGCAACGACAUGAGAGCAUGCGACCUGUGCAACCUCGUCCUCGCACCACCCGGACAAACAGCGUAGGGUCAGUGGGCUCUGACUCUUCCAGUUUAACUGCUCUCUCCCUGGAGUCCAUUGUAGCACCAGACACUCCUAUACAGUUUGAUAUCAUUUCACCAGUCAGCGAAGACCAGUCAGGACAACCGAGAACUCCAGGACAAUCUGGCAGACGAACAAAUCCAUUUGGGGAAUCUGGAGAAAAAUCUGAAUCUGAAGACUCCAUACUCCAUCAGUUGUUCAUUGUACGUUUCCUGGGAUCCAUGGAAGUGAAAGUAGAUGACUGCCCUGAGGUUGUAUAUGAAACUAUGCGCCAAAUCUUAGCAGCACGUGCAAUACACAACAUCUUCCGUAUGACAGAAUCGCACCUCCUUGUUACUUGUGACUGUUUAAAGCUGAUUGAUCCUCAAACACAAGUAACAAGACUGAGGUUUCCACUACCAAAUGUGGUCUUAUAUGCUACACAUCAAGAAAACAAGCGUCUGUUUGGCUUUGUGCUCAGAACAGCAGGAGGACGGACAGAGGGAAGACCAGUCUCUGUUUGCUACAUUUUUGAAUCAAACAAUGAAGGAGAAAAGAUUUGUGACUCAGUUGGCUUAGCCAAACAGAUUGCUCUUCACGCCGAGCUAGACCGAAGAGCUUCUGAAAAGCUUAAGGAAAUAGAGAAAGUAAAGGAAAAAAAAGAGAAAGAAAUUAGUAAACAGAAACAGAUUGAAAAGGACUUAGAAGAGCAGAGUCGGUUGAUAGCAGCUUCCAACAGACCCAACCAGACGGGCGCAGAAGGAAAUUUUGUGGUUCUUGGUGCCAACCAGACAGAGGAGGAUGACCACAGCGAGAAUGGAAAAAAGAAAGAGGAAUCGGAGGCGUGAGCUGUAGAAGCAAACAGAGACUUGUCCACAAAAUCAUCCUGCUCAUUUGUAUGGCACAAGAAGCAUGUGAGGCAGAAGUAACCAGAGCCCUUUUUAUAGUUAUUAUUCCUAAAGCCUCUCAGUUAAGAUAUGAAGAAUUAUGUUACCAUCUGACAAAUGGCCGAGAUUCAUGGAUCGGUGAUUUCGCUUGAGCAGAAUCUGGAAUCCUCAGAAUCCGCCUAAAGAUUUGGGUCUUUGUGGUUUUAGCUUCCUUCUUCUAUAGAAUUACCUUUUCAGAAUUGGACCUCAUUCCGCUUUUCUACUCCUUGGGUGUUGAUUUGGGUUUCUUAUUGUUGGUUCACUGAAUAGAUUAUAAUGAAUUUUUCCCAGGGUUUCAUAUCCUUACUAUAGGCCGCAGCCCCACUAUAGACCAUUGAUGAAUAAAUCAUCAAUGUGUAAAGAGGUUGUUAAGGCAUUCUUCCCCUAGCCACAGGAUGGGGCAUGACUCUGCUGAGCAUGAGGGGGUCAAACCCCCACAAUAUCCAGAAUGGAGCUCCCCCCCACCCCCCGCGAUCACACCCUUAUCCUGUGGCAAAAUCCUUUUAAAUAAUGCAAAGUGAUUCUAUCAAGAUGGAAUUGUAAAUCAUUUGUGAAUAUAUAUAUGUUAACUCUAAAUGCUCAUCAUCUUAUAAUGAUGACUUACCUGUUCUUCUUUAGGGGAGAUAUAAAAUUAGCAGUAUGCAAAGGUAGGGCAGUUGUCCAUAGCAACCACUUGGGUUCCUUAUUACAUAUUUAGGGGCCCUUUGGAAGAUAAUGCAGCAUCCUGAUUGGUAACUGUGGGCAUCUGCUCCACAUCUCCUUUGCACCGUUUUGAUAAACCUCACCGUAAAUGUUUUUACCUCAUUUCCAAAUAUUAUAAUAAUAAUAUUUUUUUGAUCCAUCUGUUACUAGAAAAGCCGGGUGAGAACCAGUGUGGCUGCCAGGAUGCCUCUUAUUGAUCUGCUUUUCCCUACUUUAAUGCCCUGGUCCCUAAAUUGGACUGUGGGAGAAGUAACAGUCUCCGCACUUCUAGACAUUGUGAUAAAAUCCCAAUUAUAUAACCUAUAGACAACACCCAUAUUUAUUCUAUUAUAGUUUAUUAAUUGUUGCUGGAGAAGAUUUCCUAAAGAAGCCGUCUCCCAACCUGUGGUGGUCCAACUCUUGACAAACUACUUGUCUCAUGCUGGGAAUUAUAGUAUUGCAACACUUGGAAAGCCACAGGUUGGGGAUCUCUGUCCUAAAGGGAUGAUAAGCCUAAAAUAUCUAGAUUUGCAGUGCAUUACAUGCAUUCUGUUAUUUUCUGUAAGCACCCUUUUAACCUGGGGUGAGGGAUCGUUUUAGCAUUUUUUUAUAGAAGUUAAAGUGUCACUGUCCUUUGAGUAAACUUUUGACAUGUUGUCCAGACAUAUCAAAAGUUUAGAUCGCACCAGGUCUCACUCCUGAGACUGCAGUGAUCACGAGAGCCCUGUGAAGUGCACGGCAGUUCCCUUUAUUCUCCAGGGUGGCAACACCAACCGACCUAUUCUCUCCUUAUGCAGUAAAAGGGUCGGAUUUGAGUGACAGCUGUAGAGAUGGGCGCGCACUGCCACGCUCUUCACCCAGAUGAAACUCGUGAUCGCAGCGAGUUUCAGGACUGCUGUCCAUUGCAUUCUAAACUUUUGAUGUGUCUGGACAUGUCAAAAGUUUAUUUAUUUAAAAGACAGUAACUCUUUAAGAAGCUGAAGUGUUUGCUUCAUGAUAACUAUUUCAUCUCCAGGUCUUAGAACCUGCAAAUAUCAUGAUAUCAGCAGAUCUUGUGGCUUAUGUAAACGUGAAGAUCUCUUGACUUAUGUAAACUUGGGUUGGUGACCUUUUUUGUGCAGAUUAGAGGAUGUUUUUUUGUUUUUUAAUUCAAAUAGACACAUUAUAUAAGAAAGCUGAGUGGGCAGUUCUACCUUUUGGGACCCCCAAUGUUUCCAAGAAUGAGGUGCCAGAAAUCCCUCUUCUUGGUGAUGGAGAGAAUGGUAAACAGCCAGCGUUGCCUCAAUACCUUGUGCCAUGUACGCUCAUGCCUGACUCAGCUGACAGUCCUUGGCAUCUAGAGGGGUCUCACGUGACUGUAUCUCCCAUCAGAGCCACUUGUUCCAUUAUGCAUAAUGUGGAAUUAUACUAAAGCUCUUGUGUCUAUGUUUUAUAGAAUGGCUCUACAAUACAGUAAGGAAAGAGUCUUCUGUACCCCAGCUCCGGCCAUUCAUGUCAUACAUCAUAGGAAGCUCCUCAGUCCCUGUAGUGUGCUUUACAUGAAAAGACUUUACACUGAGAGCCACAUUUCCAAAUAUGAUUUGUGUCAUAUGGACUAUUUCUUUGUGAAUGUAACCUUUUUGCACUAAUCUUUGUAAAUAAUUAAGAACUCCUUUAUAGGGGUUGUUCAAGAUUAGAAAAACCUCUAAGUCAAGCUGGACAAGGGAAUGAGUUAAACCGUUAGAUGUUAAUGCUUUUAGAAACAUUUGGUAACUUUCAGAUGGAUUUGGUGGGUAUUUGCUACAUUUAUGAGUUCUUUGGUGGUAAAGGUUAUUUCUUUCUAAUAAUUGUAAAUUGAACAUUGUGACGAUCUACAGCAUUUGAACAGGUCUAUAUACAAUUGCUACGGUGUCUAAUGUAUUUAAAGGGUUUGUAAGAUUUUGAUCAGUCCAAAUAUGGUCACUUGGCUUAAUUUAACUUUAAAGUGAACCUGUCGUGUUGUCCUGUGUCUGCCUGCAUGUUAUGGAGCAGGAAGAGCUUUUUUUUUUUUUUUUUUUUUUAAAUCAGAACUGUUUAUCUCAAGAGCAGUGAUCCCCAAACUGUGGCUCUCCAGAUGUUGCAAAAUUUAAAUUCCCAGCAUACCUUGAGAGCCACAAGAUGUCAAGGCAUGCAGGGGAUUGUAGUUUUGCAACAGGUUGGAGAUCACUGACCUAGAAGGCCUUUCAUCCAAAAUGACCCUUGUAUAAUGAUGUAGUAUGUAAAAUAUUUGCUCCACACCAGUGAUUCCUAACCCCGUGGCACAUGACACAUUUUUCCAUAUUGGCAGCCACAAACUAGCCAUAUACAGCUAGAUACUAUCCCUUUAUCUGAUGUAAUUUGAGCUUCAGAUCAAUGUCUUGCAAUGGUCUGAUGAAGGCUGAUGACCACUAUGCUCCAACCAUGAGUAAGGGUGAAAUCAUACACAACAGAAUUAUUGCAGAAGUUUCUCCAGUUGUCCUUUUUCAUCUUGAAUACCUUUAUUUAAAUAGAUGGAACUGAUUUUAAGUCGUAGUAAUUUCUGCAACAAACCUACCAUAUAUAAACUCACCCUAAAAGGUGUCAUGCUGGGUGUUUUAGGGCUGGAGGACCUUGAGUUGGAGACAAUUGGUCUAAACUCCAGCCCUCAAAGCCCCCCCCCCCCCCAAUAGGUCAUGAUCAUAGAAAAUCCCAUAAAAGAACAUGAAGUGAUGCCUGAUGCACUGACCAUAAUUAUGUAAGAGAUCCUGAAAAUAAGACCUGUUUGGGGCUUGAGGACUGGAGAAACCCUGGUCUAGUCCGCAGGCAUGGCUGUAAGUGAUUCUUCCUCUACGCUAGGCCAAUUUUACAGAUGCCUAUAUGGCUGUACUUUUUCAUGAGUAUUACAACUUCAAGUCCCAGUCUGAUGACCGGAAGUGACAGAUGUCAGUUUAGGUGAUCAGGAAAGUGGUCAGGCCAGUACUUAAAGGGGUACUCCGCUGCCCUACGUUCGGAACAUUUUGUUCCGAACGCUUGGAGCGGGCAGCGGGGGGUCGUGAUGUCACAGCCACACCCCCUCGUGACGUCAC